GGUUAAAACUUCUAUCAAAACCUAUUUCUCUUAUUCUUUCUUGUUAUCAUUUAUAAGUUCCCUAUUGCAUAAUUUGGGUACAGUCCUCUUCUCUACCAAAAUAGUAAAAAUCUGAACUCUUUUGUGAAUGCUACGCAAUUGUUUUGCUGAAUUUUAUUUAGCAAAUAAUUGAGGAAAAUCAUAGCCUUUCAAACUCAAUAUGUAGUGUCGGAAGAGCUGAAAUAUAUGAAAGAGUACUAGUUAUAUGUGAAAGAGCUGUAACAUGUGAAAAUCACAGUUGUGGAUUGUCCUCUGCCAUUUAUUAGCCCUUCUCUCUUUAUGUUGAUGAUGAAAUCUUAGUUUAGCCUCUUUCCAGAUAUUCGUUAGGUUCAUUUGUUUCUCUUUAUGUGCUUGAAAAUUAUAAACUUUUGCUCACAGAUUUCUUUUUCUAAUUGAAAUAUUUUGUAUAUUAAUUUUUUUAUUUUUAUAAUGGCAAAAUUAGGUUUUCUUAUGGAUCACCAACUAAUGUCUGAUAUUGAAUGCGUUAUUAUCCUUAAAGAAAUAUUGUGCCAACAAUUUCUUGUUGUGUUUAUAUUUCUUUUCAUGGCUAUUUAUGGUCAUUCUAUAAUAAGACAGCAUAGAAAUAGGCAUGUGAUUAGGUAUCGUAUGAGUGUUCGAAUUCCUAAAAUUAUGUCUCAUUUGAAUUGUAUCAUACAUGACAGUGAUAUUGCAUGUAUUGAUAAGUUAAGAAUGGAUAGAAAUUCCUUUCACACUUUAGUUCUCUUAACUAAGAAAAUUGGAGGUUUGACUAAUAGUAAAAAUAUGUCAAGUAGUGAAAAGUUAACAAUGUUCUUAAAUAUCUUGGCUCAUCAUGAGAAUAAUAGAUCAAUUAAGGUUGACUAUGUUAGCUCGGGUUGGAGCGUAAGUCAAGCUUUCAAUGAAUGCUUGAGAGCAGUUCUCAGACUAGCUCCAUUGUUGCUUGUUAAUCCCAAACAAGUGCUUGAAGAUGAGAUUGAAGAUCAAUGGAGACGGUUUAAGGAAAUUAUUAUUUGUGCGAUGGAGGAUAUACAAAUGGAAACGAUUUUCUUUCACCUUACAGAGGGUAUAGAUAUUGGUUAAGGGAUUGGCAAGGUGACAAGCCGCCACCUUGAUGUCGAGAAGUGCUUUUCAAUAUGAAGCAUGCUAGGGCUCGUAAUGUUAUAGAAAGAGCAUUUGGUCUCUUGAAAGGGCGUUGGGGAAUUCUUAUAAGCUAUUCGUGGUACUCAGUUAAGGUUCAUAACAUGAUCAUUAGUGCUUGUUGUUUGAUGCACAACUUUAUUCGUAGAGAGAUGGAAGUGGAUCCCUUAGACAUUGAUAUGGAAGAACAAGUGGAGUAUCAACAUGACAACAUUAAUAUUGUUGAAUCACAUGAGGAGUGGACCACAUGGAGGGGUGAGUUGGCUCAAUCAAUGUGGAAUGCAAGUCUAAACAAUUGAUCGUUUCAAAACGUUCCAUGCUUGUAUUAUAUUUUGUGGUGUUUGGGUAUUUUUCUCUUUAGUUUUUUGUAUGAUUGUAAGGAAUAUCAACUUUCAGUUUUUUGUGAUUAUAAGAAAUAGUUACUUACUUUGA